ACUUUCAGUAGAGCUGCUGGAUGUGGAGCCGCGGAGGACUGCUGGAAUCAGCCACAAGUUAUCUGAGCUGCCUCUGACAGCCUUGACACUUUAACACACACGCUGAGCGGGAGAAGGUGACAGAGCAGCGCUGAGAUGGCCAUCGCACACGUGGCUACAGAGUACGUGUUCAGCGAUUUCCUGCUGAAGGACCCGACCCAGGCUCAAUACCGCAGCGUCCGCACGGAGCUGGCGGUGGACAAGAUGGUGACCUGUGUGGCCGUGGGCCUGCCCCUCCUGCUCAUCUCUCUGGCCUUCGCUCAGGAGGUCUCCGUGGGUACCCAGAUCAGCUGCUUCGCCCCCUCUAACUUCUCCUGGAGGCAGGCUGUGUAUGUGGACUCGUACUGCUGGGCAACUGUGCACACACACACUCUACCUCUGUGGCUGCACAAG